AUGCGUGAAGAUUCUAAACAAUGUACCGAGGAUGGGUCCUGGUUUGUUAAUCCCUUCAACAAGACAUGGACUAAUUUUAGCCUAUGUCUCGGGUCACACACUCACGACGACCCUUUAGCUAUAGCUAACACAGUUCCAGCUCUGAUCGAGCAAUAUGUGGAAUCGGUCCGUUUGAUGUAUAACAUAGGGUACGGUAUCUCCCUGGCGUCCUUAGUGAUAGCCGUGGCUAUCAUGAUUUACUUCAAAAAGCUCCACUGCGCAAGGAACACCAUCCAUGUCAACCUGUUUGUGACAUUUAUUCUUCGUGCUAUUGUCACCUUCAUCAAGGAACAUCUGUUGGUGGAGUCUGUAGGGUUUCCUGGGGAUAUUUAUUACGAUGAACAAUGCAACAUUAUAUUUAGAAAUGACGUCAUACACUGGGAGUGUCGGCUAUUUUUCACUCUGUUUAACUAUACAUUGGCUGCUAGCUAUAUGUGGAUUUUUGUGGAGGCGAUAUACCUUCAGUUCCUUUUAUCUGGUCCUGUAUUCACAACAAAAAACAGAACGAAAUGGUUCAUGUUACUGGGGUGGUUGUUUCCUGUAAGCUUUGUUCUACCUUGGGUUCUGGUACGAAUCUUUGAAUACAAUGAACUCUGUUGGAACAUUCAGAAGAAUCAGCUGAUCACGUUAAUUAUAUACGGACCAAUCACAGUAACAGUUCUGAUUCAGUUUAUUAUCUUUAUUAACAUUGUGAGAAUAUUAUUCACCAAACUCCAUGCAUCAAACGGGCAUCAGAUAAACAGUUUCCUAUUCAAACGCUUGGCCAAAUCCACACUGAUCCUGAUCCCCCUGUUUGGGGUUUAUUACGUCAUUUACUCUGUUAAUUACCUCAUGUCAAGCUUUGGCUACCUAGAUGAGAGGUCCAUGAUUUACUUCAUCCUGUGGUGGUCAGAAUUAUUCUUCAAUUCCUUUAUUCACAUGUUAGUUCAGACGGAAUUCAAAAAAGUUUGGCACCGGCAUUUAACGAACCAGACCGGAAGUACCAGAACAACACGGUCUAGAACACGAAAUUCGGUUAAACAACCUCCGACUUCUAAUGGGAUGGCAUUACAUACAGGCGAUAUAAAUCAUGAUAUCCCUACAAACAAAUCAGAUUCAACGUUGGUUACAUCUUUUCAAAAUGAAACAUACUGUGAAAGUGAAAAUCGAGGGAUUAUUUUAGACACUGAUGAUACAGAGAAUGAGACAUCGUCCUGUAUAAUCAAUAAGCAGGCAGCGACUGGAAACUGUGAUAAAGUUGAAAACAAUAAGUGUUAAAAAAUUACUGUCAAGUAAAACAAAGGGUUUUUAAUGGAUCGUGUUGGAUUAUUCCGUGUAAAAUUUAGACAGAUAGUAUUUUUGAGAAAUUCUUGACGCUAUGUUUUGACAUUUCAUUGUCGUUAAGUCUGCUCUGCCGUUACAAAACAUGUCGACAUAUUCCAUUGUGUUUAUCUUAAAUUUCUUGAAAACAGUAUAACGAGGAUUGACAUCGUCCACGAACUUUUUGAACAACCCUUGUACAUGUACAACAUAUUAUUUUUUGUAUAUUAUUAAUUUCAAGGACAAUAGGAAUCGGUGUUAACAGAUCAAAUUCGUGUUCAUGUGUGUGCAUGUUUUGCUUUUAGUAUUAAUAUUAUUUCUUUAUCAUUCUUAUGCAUUCAAAGUUACAAUAGAUAACAUCUGUCAGUAAAAAUUGCAAAAUUGUAAUAUAAAUAGUUGAAAUUAAGGGGGCCAACUGGAGUUUUCAUUGCGAAUAACUGAUUUUUUUUCAAAUGAUAGGUAGUUUUACCUCUCAAAAGUGUGCUUUUUACUCUAUGAUAAAUUGAACAACUUAGCUUAAAUAUUAAAUAAAUUAUUAGCUCUUGAUAUUUAAACCAUGAGCAAUUGAGAUUCUCUGAAUCGUUUUUUUUUUUUUUCAUAUAUAUAUAAAUUCUUUAUAUUUUCAUAUUUUGUCACUUUGGCUAGUACUCAAUAAAAUCAGGAAAUUUUGGAUAAUUUUGAGAUACCUCCUACGUAAUCAAGACGGUUGAAUUUCGUGUAUCUUACACAUAUUGUAAAAAUAACAUUACUCAUCCUGUGUUAUAAAUUGAGAAAAAUGUAUAUUUUUGUAUAAUUUUCUUUAAAGUGCGAAAAGUUAUCAGUUUGGUAUAUAAUCUAGUAAAUGUACCUGCAUUUUGAGGAGAUUCCUUAAAAAUUCCUAGACAGUAGAUUUGUGUUAAACUUUGUAUAUACACUGAAGUCAACGUAAGUUACACGUAGUUCAAAUCACAGAUUUUUUUUUUGAAGUUUCCACGCUAUAAAACUUCCCUAAGUUCCCUUAAACAAAUUAGAAUGACCGAGUUAUCCUGGUUCGUAAAUAAUAUUCACUUAUCUUUUGUGAUUUAUAUCCAUUCUACACUUGGGAAGUAUUUGCAAUGCAAACGUGUGCCUAGAAGGAAAAGUUAACUAAUGGUUUCUUAAAAUAUCAUACAUGUGCUUGUGGAUGAAAGAUAAAUCUUAACUCAUUUUUUAGAAUAAAUAUUAUUUACAAACUAGUAAAACAUUGUAAUAUAAACAAUAAUGACAGCUAUAAUAUAAUAGAAAUAGUGUUUAUUUAUCCAGAAUGAAAUAGCUAAGCAAAAAUGUUAGUUACACAUAUGAUUCUGCACUUUAAGCAUGCAUACGGACAGGAAUUAGUAAACCAUACUUUAAAUAAAAAAGAAAACAUAUUAUUACAUGUAUAAGAAAACUAAUAAAUAUACAAUAUGAAAUAAAAUAAAUUACUAAAUAAGUUAAAAUGUACGUUGUAUUCAAGAUCGUUUCCCUAAAAACAUGCAACACUCACUGUCCUGAUAUUUUCGUACAAAGUAUUCCACAUUAUAGUACCAGAAACACUGAAGGAUCAUGAAGGAUCAGGAAAAUUUUCAGUCUUUGCAAUCUGUACAUACAACAAAAUUGUAUUGUAUUUUCUUGUUAGUCUCUGGUCAAUGUCUGAUAUAUAUUCAAACAUUUUAGUUAUCUAGCACAAAUUCAUGCAAUACUUUAUACUCUAAAAUGGCUUUCCAUUAGAUAGUUAUCUGAUCAAGGCAUGCAAUCGAGUGGUGUGAACAUGACAGAAAUUGGUUUUGAAAAAAAAUCAGAUGUUCAAAAUAACCAUUGCAGCAUGUGUUUGUAAUAUUUCUUUUCUUGUUAUUUUUACAUUUUCAGCAAGUCUUUAAUUGUAAGUUACAGUACAGAAGUGCAUUAUAUAAGCUUAGAAAAUCCAAAGUAAAUAAACAUCUUAAACAACGCUUCAUUUUACGUAUAAUAUUUUAUUCUUCUUAAAAUGCCAUUUCAUUUGUAGAUCUUGCAUACAAGUGCUUUCAUGUGAUAUUUCAAGGAGAAAGUUUCA